AUGGAUAACUCUCUCUGUCAAGUAAAUUUUCUUCCCUCUCUCUCUGUCUUGAAGCUUUCUUCCUCCCUCUCUCUCUGUCUUGAGGCUUUCUUCCUCAACCUCUCUCUGUCUUAUUUAAGUUUUCUUUCCUCUCUCUCUGUCUCCGGGCUUCUUCUUAGAAUCCUCUCUCUGUCUUCUCCCCUUUCUUUCCGCUCUCUGGGGUAUCUUCUUCUCCCUUCCUCCCUUUAUCCCCUCUCUGGAUGUCAGGCUAUCAGUUCCUCUCUCUCUCUAAUGGGCUUUCUUCCUCCCUCUCUCUCCAGGUAUGGAACUUCCUCCCUCUCUCUCCUGCCCUGUAACUUUCUUCCUCCCCCUCUCUCUGUGUCCGGACAUCUCCCUAAUCUUCUGGGCAGGCUAAACCUUUCUUCCUCCCUCUCUCUCUUUUUCCCCUUUCUUUCUUCCUCCAAUCUCUCUGUUAAUCUCCUUUCUUUCUUCCUCCCUCUCUCUCUAUCCCCAAUUUUUCUUUCUAAUUCUAAUCUCUCUUUUCCAGAGCUUUCUUUGCAAUUUUCGUUGUUAUCGCUUUCUUCUCUUCCUCAAUCUCUCUGUGAAGCUUUCUAA